GUGGGAGGUUCCGGCCCGGGCCAGCGGCAUGAAGGGAAGAGCCGCAGAUUACUGGAGGUCAGAUCUGUGCAGCAACAUGGACUCAUCGGAGGAGACUGGGGGCUCCUCCACAGAAGAGAACUACUUUGUGAACUACACCUUCACUGACCGUUCUCACUCAGGCCGCGUAGCUCAGGGUAUUAUGAAGCUCUGUCUGGAGGAUGAGCUCUUUGCUGAUGUUACCAUCUCAGUGGAAGGCAAAGAAUUCCAGCUGCACCGGCUAGUCCUCUCAGCUCAGAGCUGCUUCUUUCGUUCCAUGUUCACUUCCAACCUGAAGGAGGCUCACAACCAGGUGAUUGAGCUGCAAGAUGUUAGCGAGAGUGUUUUCCAACUCCUGGUGGACUAUAUUUACCAUGGGACUGUAAAGCUGCGGGCAGAAGAGUUGCAGGAAACGUAUGAGGUGGCAGAUAUGUACCAGCUGACUGCCCUUUUUGAGGAGUGCUCCCGUUUCCUGGCCCGCACGGUGCAGGUGAGAAACUGUCUUCAGGUUAUGUGGCUGGCAGAUCAACACAGUGACAUGGAGCUCUACACAGCUGCAAAGCACUGUGCCAAGUCACAUUUGUCACAGCUUCAGGAUACAGAGGAGUUCCUGCACCUACCUCUCCGCCUGCUGACAGACAUCCUUACAGAUGGUGUUCCAUGUUCACAGAAUCCAACAGUUGCCAUAGAAACCUGGAUCAACUUCAACAAAGAGGAGCGGGCAGGCUUCUCGGAGGUGCUGCGAUCCAGUCUAAAGGAGAUUGGGGAGAACGUUCACAUCUACCUGAUCGGGAAGGAGUCAUCGCGUACGCACUCACUUGCUGUGUCUCUGCAUUGUGCUGAUGAUGACUCAAUCAGUGUGAGUGGCCAGAAUAGCCUGUGCCAUCAGAUCACUGCAGCUUGCAAGCAUGGCAGUGACCUGUAUGUUGUAGGGGGCUCCAUUCCACGGCGCAUGUGGAAAUGUAACAAUGCCACCAUAGACUGGGAAUGGUGUGCUCCUCUGCCCCGUGACCGGCUCCAACACACCCUUGUCUCCGUGCCCAGCAAGGAUGCUAUAUACUCACUGGGAGGCAAGACGUUGCAGGACACACUCUCCAAUGCUGUCAUAUACUACAGAGUGCGAGACAAUGUGUGGACAGAGACCAGCCAGCUGGAAGUAGCUGUCUCUGGGGCUGCAGGUGCCAACCUCAAUGGUAUCAUUUACCUGCUGGGUGGGGAGGAGAAUGAUCUGGACUUCUUCACUAAGCCCUCCCGGCUCAUUCAGUGCUACGACACCAAUACAGAGAAGUGCCACGUGAAGCCUUAUGUAUUGCCUUUUGCAGGGCACAUGCAUGCCGCUGUGCAUAAAGACCUAGUGUUCAUUGUGGCUGAGGGGGACUCGCUGCUGUGCUAUAAUCCCCUCCUGGAUAGCUUCACCCGACUCUGUCUGCCAGAUGCCUGGAGCUCAGUACCAUCCCUCUGGAAAAUUGCCAGUUGUAACGGCAGCAUCUAUGUCUUUCGGGAUCGUUACAAAAAGGGAGAUGCCAACAUCUUCAAACUCAACCCAGCCACGUCUGUGGUGACUGUCACCAGUGGCAUCAAGGUGCUGCUCACUAACCUGCAGUUUGUGCUGGCUUGAGGUGACAAGCCCACGGACAAGACAACAUGAACAUUCUGUAGAGCAGCUUAGAGGCACUCAGUUUCCUUAGCACUUGCCCCAACAAGACCAGCUCACAGCACCAUAGAGUGCCCCCUCCUCUUUAGCCCUGCUUGCAGGCAGUAUGAGCCUCCUGGAUGUGAGGCUGUUUUCCCUUUCAGUACACUCUCUAAGUUAACUUACAGCAUCUUAAAUCCCAGAUAGACUAAAUAGUGUUACUAUGAUCCUCUGAUGUGAAGCUGUGUUUCAAGCUCAAAUUGCAGCAGAUAGGCUUCUUAGGCCUAGAACUAUCCACCACCAGCAAGCCCUAGCAUGAGCAGAUAAACUCCUUUUUGGCACAGCCUUUUAAUGUAAUAGCCCAGGAGGCUGCAUGUGCUGCUGCCAUCACUAGUCACAGGGAAUGGCCACCCUGUACACGCCCUAAAAAAGCUCUAUGCAGUUUGAAAUGGGGCUCCAAUAUGAAUGUUUCUUGCUAAGGCUACAGGACUGGCUUCAGGCCAGAGGCACUAACUAAAGUGGACUGUACCGUAGACUGAUUUAGAGGUGGGUCCAAGUCCCUGACUUGGUUGUGCUCUGCCCUAACAUAGGGGAGAUGGACUUGCUGCUACUUUGCCACCUAGCAGAAAGAGGAAAACUAUCCUUACAAUACUAUUGUGCCAAUGCUGGUUUCUAACCCCAGUACUGGAGCUCCCAUCCUGCUGACAUAUGACAGAGCUGUACGAUGGUUAAAGAUGAAACUAAAGUUCAUUUUCUCACACCCUUCCCUGCUGGCACUGUAGCCCUUUAGGUGAGAGCCUAAAUAAAAGUGUCU